GAUGCCAGCGAUUUAUAGACGACGGGAGUAAGCGGGUAUAAGCCACUGGAUUAAAGAGCUGCAGUCACAUUUUUCCGCCGGAAUGAGUUCUACUUAAUCUCCUCCUCCUCCACAGAAGUCUCAUGCGCUUCCCAGACUCCAGAAUUCCAUAAAAUCAAGGGAACAUCGCAGCCGAGUCUUUAGAAAAUAGAACCUCCAUACAGCUCCUUUAAAGAACCAAUCUCUGCGCCUACCGUUUACUUAUUUUUAAGCUUCCUUUACAGGAAUUGACCACAUCACAGAGAGCAGAAACCCUCCUCCUGCUUUAUCUCCGCCCUUUUGGACGUGAUUUGGUUUUCGUAAUAGGUAGGUGAUGGAAUUUUGAUGGCUUGUAUCUUGGGACAUAGCAAGUUUUCCUUUGCCAGCAGUGACUUGUGCUUUAGCUCUGCUACGUGCGCUGGAUGUCUUCACGAGUGAUGAAUUAUAUCGUAGAAGUAGUGGACAGAAGAAGGUCGUGAUUACUACGCUCGAGUUCCCGAGACCAACAGGGAGAUCCAAGUCAGAUUUUAAGCAUUUUAGCAGCUGGAUCUGCACGAGAUCCGGAAGCACAACAUGAAUAACUUCGGUUGGGAGAAUCCAACACCCGUCAGAAGCGAGAUCUCUGUGCCGCCAAGUAUAUCUUGGAGCAAUCGCUAUGACAACUUCACAGGCUCCAGUGAAGGCUACAGCACCUUUAACGAGAAGUCACAGCCCCACGAAUCUGUCCUCGGCUCAAGCUUAGAGCUCCACAGGAUCUUGGCACGCCAAACAAGUUCAGAUCUUGAUCGAAUCAGUGAGUCGGUGGAAAUCUCACGUCCAGCUUCGGACUCCAUAAACAAUAGCUUGGAUCUGGAAUGGUUGCAGUAUCAAGAAGCGAUAAUGUCAGGAGUUGACUCUGUUCUCACGCGACCAGUAUUAGGUAGUAGUACCCUGGGUGAGGCUGCCGCUUCUUCUAGAUUUGCCCACCCACUUACCGAGAACUUUGGAACAUCUGAGGAACUCCGAGUCGUCGGCAACAUCGAUGGCGUUCAACAUGGCAUCUCGGCCACGUUUUCUCGUUGCAAAAAUGUGUAUAGCAAGUCUGAAAACCAUGGCUCUUGUGGUCGCCAUCAACCGAACCUGGACGAUGUGGGUUCGCAGGGAUCCUCAAAGUCAGAUACUCGACGAGUCGAAUCAUCGAAGGCAAAGACGAAUGCAAAGAGCAAAUUCGAGGAGUUUGAGAUUGUAAGAGAAAGCAACUACGAUUGCAGUCUCCUCCGGUCAAAUUCUUCUACCGAGGAAGGAGGAUUUCAAAUCCAUUUCGCACGGGAACACAAAUCCAAGGAGCCGAGGCCAGAAAAGGGGUCGGGAUGGAGUUCGAUCAUCGACUUCGUUCGGGAAGGCAACUAUGAGCCUGAUACGGAGGCCAUGGCGGAAUUGAAGGAGAUGGUCUACAAGUCUGCAGCUCAAAGACCAGUGAGGCUGAGUGUGGAGGAUGCAACGAAGAAGCCAAAGAGAAAGAACGUGAGGAUAUCAAGUGACCCACAGACUGUCGCUGCAAGGCAGAGGAGGGAGAGGAUAAGUGAGAGGCUAAGGACACUGCAAACACUGGUCCCAGGGGGCAGCAAAUUGGACAUUGCAUCUGUGCUGGAUGAGGCUGCCAACUAUCUCAAGUUCCUCAAGUCACAGGUCAAGGUUCUGGAAAACGGGUCUAAUCCAGCAAACACUAGUACCGCAGAAUCACCAUUCCCAGUGCCUCUGAACCAGGCUUUUCCCAUGCAGAAGAAUCUUUUUCGACCACCCAAAACCCUAAACGCAUCCAAAAAGGUGAGGCAGAAUUAAGCCCUUCAGGGCCGACGGCCUCAUAUUAAUUUUAUCCGUAAUUAGGCUUGGGACUUGGGCUCGUGAACUCAUUCUUUUCCCCUGCAGUCAUCCUUUCUGUUAACAAAAGAAAGGUCCUGAUUCCUGAGAACCGAAAAAUGGAGAAAAGGUUAACCUUUUGAUCAAUCAAAUGAAAACCUUCCUCCUUUUGUACAUAUCUUUCUUACCUUUUCAAAGUCGACAAUACCUUUUAUCGUGCCCAUAACCAUUCCAUUCCUUCAUCUUAAGCCUAUAAUCUCUUUCUUUCGAUGGCCAUUCCCACCCGAACCCUAAACCAAAGUUACCAUUCAGUCAUGAGUACAUGCUUUUCUGCACAUGGUGGCAUGGAAAGGACAUGGACAUGACUCUCUCUCUCUCUCUCUCUCUCUCUCUCUCUCUCGAUGGUGUAAGGUUCACGGAGACAAGACUUAAUGUCAGGGGAAGAAGUAUCGGAGCUUAUGUCGGUGGGCUUGUGUAAUCGGCAUCUUGAAUUGUCAAGUUGCGAUGGGCUAUGUAAGCUAUCUGUAUCACCCACAAACCAUCAAGUUUGGUUAGGCGAGUGACGCAAUUGAUCCAACCAAAUGACAAUAACAAAACCUAUGUUGAUCUCGGAGCACUUUAAGAUCAA